ACUCAACUCGAGGCUCCCAAAGUGGACUCGAUUCCGGAGAUGAAAUUUCGGAGUUCUCUUAUUCAAUUUAUAUCAUUUACGGAGAUAAUUUGAAGUUCCUGCAUCAUUUGGAGAGUGAGGAGACUGAAAAGACUCAUUUGUUAGUGGUGCGAGGAAUGGGAGCAGCUCCUGUCAAAUUGAAGAAAUAUUUUCCUCUUGAGGAUCAGCAGGCGAAUGAUUCUACUGCAGGUGAAAAAAGUGGCACUAUUCUAACCCAAUUGAAUCCUGACCAGGUGACCUGGCUUGACCUAAAAGACAGUGCUGCGAUGCGAUCUAGUCUAGUUUCUGAGAUCACCACAGCUUCAUGGAUUCCUCAUACACAGAAGAUACCCACCCUGAUUGAGUGGGGCGAGGCUAAAGGAGCUUGUGUUCUUAUAACUGAAAUGAUGUCUGGCGCUUCCAAAGAGGCCAGAGAUGAUGCUGUGAGAAAUAGUUUUUGGCCUUGCUUCAUCAAGAUGUUCUCGAGAGGAGAUGCGAAAGCAAUCGAGACCUUGCUGUUCCACGAAAUAGUGGAUGUUAAGCAAGAGAUGAAUCAGGAAAAGUUUCUGGCGCUAACGAAGGCUGUGUGCAACAGUCAAAAGAACUCCUUGUUCUAUUCAAUGAUGAUCAACAUGACCAAAUACGAAGAAAACACUCUUCAUUCUGACGCCGAUUUUGCCGAGAUGAAUACUGAAAUGGUGAAGUGUCUGUUUGCGGAUUUUAUGUGGGUGGUGGAUCGCAGACCAGAAGAGAAGACAGAGGAUAGCGAGAAAGACAGUAACGGAAAGAGAAAGGGGAGGGGCAGCAGAAGGGAGCCGGAGAGGGUGCUGUCAGUUAGGAAUGUGAACUACUCAUUCCUUUUCCACCUCGCCCUCUUCUGUCUCAACAAAGAUCUCAGCCUGGUGAUCUGGAAGCGACUGGAACGCAGAACUCAUUUCUGUCUCUCAGCUGGAAUCACUCUCUACAAAGUGAGCCAGAUGUCGUUCACCAGCAAGUCCACCUACAUGCAGACCAAAAUAGAAGAGCUCAGAGACUUCUACGAAGAGGAACUCAUCAACAUCACCACACAGCUGGCUCAAGAUGACUUCUCAAAGCUGAAACAGAUCAUGAUCAAAAAUAUAUACCCGGAUAUAUUCAAGUUCAACGUGAUAAAGGCGGCUGAAAUGGCACAGUUUGAAAAAUUUUUCGCUCAACGGGCGGUCUUGGAGCUCAUUCUAACAGUUUGGACUGGUCGACUGCAAUCACACGUGAAAGAUCGGUACAUUCUGCUCGGACUUGUUUGUCCUUGGAUGAUACCUAUGCUUGAGUUCGAAUCAUCAGAACGCCAUGCCAGUGUCCUUAACCUUCUACAGGAUCCGAGAAUAAUCACUAACAUUUUAUCCUUGAGAACCGAUUCUGUAAUAUCCAAGUACCGCAUGUUCUAUAUGGCUCCGAUAACUAAAUUCUGGGGUAAUUUUGUGACGUUUUUAUUCUUUUUGGGGCUAUUUUCUCAGUUCAUGCUUUCAAAAGCGAGAUACGAAACCAUAGGAGUGAUGGAAUGUGCAUUGAUGACCUAUGCAGUCGCUGCUACAGUCGAAGAGGUUGUGCAGUUCCACGAAUAUGGCGACAACUACUCGACGCGAAUCCUAAGAUAUGACUUAUUCUUGGGUUUCUCCGCUGCCUACAUCACAGAUAUCUUUUACACGACUAGUUUGAUUCUCGGCUAUGUCCGAGUUCUAUUCUUUGUCAUGAUUAAACCUUCUCUCGGGCCAUACAUAAUCAUGCUCCAAUUCAUGGUCAAAGAUCUAACGGCGUUCAUGGUAAUUCUUGUGAGCUGUGUGCUUGGUUUCGGAGUAGCAAUGGAGGCCCUCCUCGUCGCCAACUCCCCGGAAAAAUCUCUCUGGAUAGAGAUCUGGGGCUUCCUAGUAAAACCGACUAUGCAGAUGUAUGGUUUUGAUCUGUUUCUAGACGACAUUGCUCUGGCGUUCAAUUGUUCUGCUCCGGACGAUGAAAGUUUUUCGACUAACGUCCUUGGCUCGUGUCAUUCGUACGAUUUGAGACCCUAUUUCGUGUUGCUGUUGACCUUCCUGUUCUACACUGUGACGGGAGUGAUUCUGCUGAAUCUGCUGAUUGCCAUCUUCAGCGACACCUACUCCAGAGUGCGGGAGAAUACCUCCUUCUAUUGGAAUUAUGUCUUCUACGAAAGGACUGUCGAGUAUUCUGGCAGAGGCAGUCUACCUUGUCCCCUUUCGCUCUUUGGUCGACUGUGGCAACUGAGCACUUAUGUCUCAUCUAAAUGUCUACAUAUCACCACUUCGUGCAACAAACAGUCCAAUGAUGAGAAUGAAGAAGCAGUGUUGGCUGAGAAGAAGUUAGGCGACUACGUAUCUCAUGAGGGACUUAGAAGAUGGGCUCAGACUGUAGAGGAUAAAUACGUAGUCGAAACUUAUUAUAGUUGAUCAGAUGUUUAUGACACGAACUCAACCUAUUUAGCAGGAAAUAAAUCUUUCCCAAAUUCCUGCUAAAACUAAAGGAUGCUCUUCAUAUUUCAACUUCAGAAAGAAUAUCACAGAAGCAAUGUUAUGAUAAAAAACUGAGCACUUAGGCUCAGUGAAUGAGAAUAAAAAUUAGAGGAUGAUAUAAAGAAGCCAAAAAUUCUAAUUUUUGUUAAGAAUAAUAU